CGGAGAGCAGAUCUCGGGGAUUCGGGUGCGGAGCCCUUGGCCUGGAGGCGAUAUGGGUGGUCCACGGCCCGCUUCAGUCGCUCGCUACAGCCUGGGGAACAGGCCUGUCUGGCCCUGAGGGAGUCCCCUUUCUGAAGCUGUGGUGCUUGGACGACCUGUUCUCUACGUUGCUGGGCACCUGUAGGUGUCCCUCGAGAGCUCAGUUUUGAGGUUCAAGUCAGUGUGGCCAUGAAGGGGCUGCCUGUUGGGCUGAUGCUGUGACCCUGGAGUCUGCCUUUCCUGCCAGUCCCCCUGCCCGGAACAUGUGGCUGCGGCUUGGCCCGCCCUCGCUGUCCCUGAGCCCCAAGCCCACAGUUGGCCGGAGCCUGUGCCUCACCCUGUGGUUCCUCAGCUUGGUGCUGAAGGCCAGUACCCAGGCCCCGGCACCCACAGUCAAUACUCACUUUGGGAAGCUAAGGGGUGCACGGGUACCAUUGCCCAGUGAGAUCCUGGGGCCUGUGGACCAAUACCUGGGGGUGCCCUACGCAGCUCCCCCAAUCGGCGAGAAACGUUUCCUGCCCCCUGAACCACCCCCAUCCUGGUCUGGCAUCCGGAACGCCACACACUUUCCCCCAGUGUGCCCCCAGAACAUCCACACAGCUGUGCCCGAAGUCAUGCUCCCCGUCUGGUUCACUGCCAACUUGGAUAUCGUCGCUACUUACAUCCAGGAACCCAACGAAGACUGCCUCUACCUGAACGUCUACGUGCCCACGGAGGAUGGAUCCGGCGCUAAGAAACAGGGCGAGGACUUAGCGGAUAAUGACGGGGAUGAAGAUGAAGACAUCCGGGACAGUGGCGCUAAGCCCGUCAUGGUCUACAUCCAUGGAGGCUCUUACAUGGAAGGGACAGGCAACAUGAUUGACGGCAGCGUCCUCGCCAGUUAUGGCAACGUCAUCGUCAUCACCCUCAACUAUCGGGUUGGGGUGCUAGGUUUCCUGAGCACUGGAGAUCAGGCUGCCAAGGGCAACUAUGGGCUCCUUGACCAAAUCCAGGCCCUCCGCUGGGUGAGCGAGAAUAUUGCCUUCUUUGGUGGCGAUCCCCGCCGUAUUACCGUCUUUGGCUCGGGCAUUGGUGCAUCCUGUGUCAGCCUCCUCACGUUGUCGCAUCACUCUGAGGGGCUUUUCCAGAGGGCCAUCAUCCAAAGUGGUUCUGCUCUGUCCAGUUGGGCUGUGAACUACCAACCAGUGAAGUACACCAGCCUGCUGGCAGACAAGGUGGGCUGUAACGUGCUAGACACAGUGGAUAUGGUAGACUGUCUUCGGCAAAAGAGUGCCAAGGAGCUGGUAGAGCAAGACAUCCAGCCAGCCCGCUACCAUGUGGCCUUCGGCCCUGUGAUUGACGGUGAUGUCAUUCCUGAUGACCCUGAGAUUCUCAUGGAACAGGGUGAGUUCCUCAACUAUGACAUCAUGCUAGGUGUCAACCAGGGUGAGGGGCUCAAGUUUGUGGAAGGGGUGGUAGACCCUGAGGAUGGUGUCUCUGGCACUGACUUUGACUACUCCGUCUCCAACUUUGUGGACAACCUGUAUGGCUAUCCUGAGGGUAAGGACACCCUGCGGGAGACCAUCAAAUUCAUGUACACAGACUGGGCAGACCGUGACAACCCUGAGACCCGCCGUAAAACACUGGUGGCACUCUUCACCGACCACCAGUGGGUGGAGCCUUCGGUGGUGACAGCUGAUCUGCAUGCCCGCUAUGGCUCACCUACCUACUUCUACGCCUUCUACCAUCACUGCCAGAGCCUCAUGAAGCCUGCCUGGUCAGAUGCAGCUCAUGGGGACGAAGUACCCUACGUUUUCGGCGUCCCUAUGGUAGGCCCCACUGACCUCUUCCCCUGCAACUUCUCCAAGAAUGACGUUAUGCUCAGUGCUGUCGUCAUGACCUACUGGACCAACUUUGCCAAGACCGGGGAUCCCAACAAGCCGGUCCCCCAGGACACCAAGUUCAUUCACACCAAGGCCAACCGCUUUGAGGAAGUGGCCUGGUCCAAAUAUAAUCCCCGAGACCAGCUCUACCUUCACAUCGGGCUGAAACCGAGGGUCCGCGAUCAUUACCGGGCCACUAAGGUGGCCUUUUGGAAGCACCUGGUGCCCCACCUAUACAACCUGCAUGACAUGUUCCACUAUACGUCCACAACCACCAAAGUGCCGCCCCCGGAUACCACCCACAGCUCCCACAUCACCCGCAGGCCCAACGGCAAGACCUGGAGCACCAAGCGGCCAGCUAUCUCCCCUGCCUACAGCAACGAGAACGCCCAAGGGUCCUGGAACGGGGACCAGGAUGCAGGGCCACUCCUGGUGGAGAACCCUCGUGACUACUCCACUGAAUUAAGUGUCACCAUCGCCGUAGGGGCCUCCCUCCUGUUCCUUAACGUUCUGGCCUUUGCUGCCCUCUACUACCGUAAGGACAAACGGCGUCAGGAGCCCCUGCGGCAGCCUAGCCCUCAGAGGGGAACCGGGGCCCCUGAAUUGGGAGCUGCUCCUGAGGAGGAGCUAGCAGCAUUGCAGCUGGGCCCCACCCAUCAUGAGUGUGAGGCCGGUCCCCCCCAUGACACACUGCGCCUCACUGCAUUGCCCGACUACACGCUGACCCUGAGGCGCUCCCCUGAUGACAUCCCACUCAUGACCCCCAACACCAUCACUAUGAUUCCCAACUCCCUGGUGGGGCUGCAGACAUUGCACCCCUAUAACACCUUUGCCACAGGGUUCAACAGUACUGGGCUGCCCCACUCACACUCCACUACCCGGGUAUAGCUCCAGCCCUGAGCACAGCCUAUCUCCCGGCUCCCUCCCUCCCAGAUCCAUGAACACAUGUGUGCACUCGAGCGCGUGUGCGCACACACACACAGACACACAGACACACACACAGACACAUACAGACGUAUAUGUAUACGCACACACCCACACUCGACAGCAGACCCACCUGCACAAACAUAGACAGAUGUGGACAUGCACCCGCAUGUACAAGAACACAAAUAAAGAAGUAAACCUGAACAAACCCUUUAAAUGGGGACGCAAAUGAGUCCUUGGGAAACCGAGGACCCGUGAAACAGCAGCUGAAGCCAGCUCCCUGAGCCUGACCACAGACACUCCUGGGGGCCUGAAAGCGCCAGCUGGACACCCCCUCGGUGCUCGCCUUCCGCCUCCCUUGGAACUGCACCACCGCCCAGCUCCAGACUUGGGAGUGUUAAAGAGCAGAGGAGCUCUUUCUCCCCCAGACUUGGUCUCUUUUCUGGGUCUUGUUUUUGUUGAUUUUUUAAAAAAAUUUUGGAACAAAUGCUUCUCCAACCCAUGAGUGCAAAGAGCCUCCAGAAGGGAGGGCUCCAGGCCCAGGGCUCUCUGGCUCUGGAACCCCCAGUGCUCACACAGUGCGACCAAGGAACAUGACCCCCAAGAAAGAAACAGAUUUGAGCAAGACCAUCAGAUGGAAGGAGGAAGGGGCUGCCGCUGAGUGGGGUUAGAGGGCUCUGGGGAGAACUCUCCAGCUAUCUCGGCAUCCUUAUGGAGGGCUGCAGAGACCACAGGGUGACCUGCUUCCCCCAAAAGCCAGGAGCACCAACCUGGCUAGACUAGGGGACCCUAGAUUUGGUGAACGAGGUUUUGUGGAGGCCAUGUCAUUAUCGGGCCCCCCUGGGUAUAAUCCGGGUUCUGCCUCUCCCUUGGGGUAGUGCUAUCAGAAAUUCGCCCCAUUUUCUUUACAGAGUCUCUUUUGUGUCUGUCAUUUCUCUUUCAAAAAGGCAAUGUUUUUUGUUGUUGUUGGCUUUUUUUUUUUUUUAAAGAAAAGUUCUUAAAACACUAACGGAAACCCAUGGAGUUUGUCCUUUGUAAAAAUUUU